GGAGAUCCAGGAAAAAGAGGCCCACCAGGGCCACCAGGACCACCAGGUCCUCCUCCUUAUUCAACCUAUGUGGUAGUAACUCCAGGAAUGCUUUUCCAGUGUCCCAAUGCUUGCCCACCUGGCCGCCCAGGACAUGCUGGUUUAAUGGGAAUGAAGGGGCAAAAAGGUUCAAAAGGAGAGUCUGGUGAACCAGGAAGACAAGGUUAUAAGGGUGAAGAAGGGGACCAAGGACCCAGUGGUGAAGUGGGAGCUCAAGGCCCUCCAGGCAUUCUAGGUAUCAGAGGUAUAACUGGUAUAAUGGGACCUAAAGGUACCAAAGGAGCUCGUGGGCUUGAUGGUGAUCCUGGUCCUCAAGGUCUUCCUGGUGCACCUGGCGAUCAAGGACAGAGAGGUCCACUAGGAGAGGCAGGUCCAAAAGGAGAAAGGGGCCCUCAAGGUGUAAGAGGAAUAAAUGGUCUCCCUGGGCCUAAAGGAGAACCUGGCUUACCAGGAGUUGAUGGCCGGGAAGGGAUCCCUGGAAUGCCUGGAGCAAAAGGUGAACCAGGAAAACCUGGAGCUCCAGGUGACACAGGGCUUCAGGGACUGCCAGGUAAUAAAGGUCCCCCUGGAGUGCCAGGGUUGAUGGGAAAUUCUGGAAAGCAGGGUCAGCGGGGGCCAGAGGGAGAAGCAGGUCCAACAGGACCUCGGGGACCACCAGGUAGCAGAGGGGAGACAGGUCCUGUGGGUCCUCCAGGUUUACCAGGGAAAUUGGGUCCCCAGGGUAAUAUUGGACUUCCUGGACUGCCUGGUCCUCCAGGCCUACCUGGUGGUAAGGGUGACCGGGGUUCAGUUGGUGAACCAGGACCUAAGGGUGAACAAGGUGCACCUGGAGCAGAAGGAGAUGGAGGAGAAAAGGGUGACUUAGGUGAUAUGGGAUUACCAGGAGCAAAAGGAGCUGUUGGCAAUCCUGGAGAUCCUGGUUCCCGUGGGCCUGAGGGAAGUAGAGGACUGCCUGGCAUAGAAGGGCCACGAGGCUCACCUGGACCACGAGGCUUGCAGGGUGAACAGGGUGCCCCAGGUCUGCCUGGUAGUGAAGGUCCUGCUGGAAAAGAACCAACCGAUCAGCACAUUAAACAGGUUUGCAUGAGAGUCAUGCAAGAACAACUCGCUCAGCUGGCAGCCAGUCUUAGGAGGCCAGAAUUUGGUGCUCCAGGUCUCCCUGGCCGACCAGGACCACCAGGUGCUCCAGGACCUGCUGGUGAAAAUGGAUUCCCAGGACAACUUGGUCCCCGUGGCUUGCCUGGCCUUAAAGGUCCCCCUGGGGAGAUUGGUCGUAAAGGUCCUAAAG